AAAAAAAAGAACGAACUGGGACACUUGCUGCCCGCGCGUUGUGGAGGGGAAUCUUUUAUAUUUUGCUCCGCCAAAAAAAAACUCAUUCAUACCGCCUUUGGCGAAGACGACCAUGACACGCAUCUACCCACGUUCAACCCUCAAGAGGAUCAUCCAGGCGCAUGAGCCGACUAUGAAGAUGUCCAAAAACGUGGACAUCAAGAUCUACGUGCUUUAUCUCUUGUUCCUGCAGAGACUCAUAUCUGAAGCGAGUCGACAGGCUCAACUCACACAUGACAGCAUCAUCCAAUCCAGACACGUCUCGCGGGCCUUGAAGAUGGUCUUGCAACAACUCAAGGGCUAAAAAAAAAAAAAAAAAAAGCUUUAGAGACCAGAGAUUCAAAAGCUAUCGAUUGCUUCUUUUUUUGCGGCCCUGUCUAUACCAUUAUAAACUUUUAUACCUCAACACAACAAGGGGAGAGGGGCGAUUCAUGUAACACUAUUUGCUGUAUUAUUAUUUUUGCUUUGACCAG